GGCCGAGGCGGAAGUGACGUGGGGCGUGGGGCGGUACCGAGCCCGGCCAUGUCGGCGGCCUUGCUGCGGCGGGGUCUGGAGCUGCUGGGGGCGCCGGAGGCCGCCCCGGCGGACCCGGCCCCGGCGAGCGCGGCCGCGGGGAAGCGCGCGAAGCGGAGAGCGAAGGCGGCGCAGGCGCAGAAGCUCCGGAACUCGGCCAAGGGGAAGGUGCCCAAGUCGGCGCUGGCGGAGUUCCAGAAACGCCAGAGUCGGGGCCACCUCAGGGAGAACGUGAAACUCCUGAUGGAGGCGCGAAGCCCCGUGGCUGAGGCUGUCACCCGGCAGAUCCUGCGGCAGAACCGUGGUCGCAAGGCUUGUGAUCGGCCCGUGACCAAAACAAAGAAGAAGAAGGCGGAGGGCACUGUGUUCACAGAGGAGGACUUCCAGAAGUUCCAGCAGGAAUAUUUUGGCAGCUGAGGGUCCGGAGGGAAGGGGCCAGCCUGCCCUGUUACUGACCAUGGGACGCGGGGAAGGGCACAUGUGGGCCCCGAGGCCACCCCAGCCUGAUGAAGAGGGUGGGCCUUGGGCCUAAUAAAAAGCGGGCUCUGGCCCUGC